AUGUGCAACCAGUCCUCCACUUCCUCCGCGUGCAUUCCGCCGGCAGCCACGUCCGCCUCGACACUCCGCCAUCGCAGCCCGCCCGCGCUUCUAUGUGAGAUCGAGCCGCUCCCCGUCAAGAGCGUUGCCGACGAGAUCCGCGGCCACAAAGAUCUCCAUCGCGUUGCCCAAACAGCUCCUCUCCUGCUUAACCUACCUCCCGCUCCCCCGCGUCGCAUCCUUCGCCUCCUCCUCAACCACCUCGUCGACGCCGGUCAAAUCCCCGCCACUGCAAUCAAUGAGGCAGUGCAUGCCCUUUUUGGUGAGCCCAACUCCUCCGCGCCUAAUAAUUCGUGCGCGCAAAACUCCGAGGAUGCCUUUGAUACCCUUCAUCAACGCCCUCCAGGUCUUCCCCUGGAUGCCGAUAACAAUUCUCGUGAUCCCCAGACAUCACGCGACACAAACUUUCGACACCCCGCAGACCAAUUACCCGGUCACUGGCACAAAAAUGUCCUUGGCUCGGGCUUCAUCAUCCCGUUUGCCAGGUUGAACGCUCUCAACACUUGCGAUAGAUGCGUCGUCGCCAUAGCACGUCUCACUUCCAGUUGCAACCUCGGUGUGGCCAACGGUUCCCUUGUUCGUUUCGUUGUGCUCGUUCUUGGUCCGGUUAAGGAGCUCAAGGAGACAAAGACCCCCUUUGAGAUUGCACGCACGCUUUCUGCAAUGUUCCAAGAUGACCAAUUCUACUCCGACGCUCGCCUCGCUUCCAGUGACGGCCACUUUCGAGAUGCCAUUCGCAAAUACCUCGCAAGGGAGACAAACCCAGACCCCUCAGAACAAGCCCCGUCCCCAGAGUCUAUCAUUGACAAGACUUUUGCUCGCACAGGCAAGUUCGCCGGCGGUCUUAUUGCUGAUGUAAGGCGCAGGUACAAGCCAUCUGUCUAUAAAUCAGAUUGGACAGACGGCGUCAAAGAUCCCAGAAGUCUGCUCAAGUAUCUCUCCACCACCGUCUGGCUCUUUUUCGCAAUUAUUAUGCCCACAAUCGCCUUCGGUGCACUUGAUGAUGACAACACAGACGCCAAUAUUGGUGUUAUCGAAACCAUCGUUUCCCAAGCAUUUGCAGGCCUUACCUUCGCCACCUUCGCAGGUCAACCUCUCACAAUCGUCAUGACCACGGCCCCCAUUACUGUCUUCAUAGAUGUCCUAUUCAGUUGGUGCAAGACUCUUGAAAUUCCGUUUCUCCCUUUUUACGCCUGGACUGGUCUUUGGACGGCCCUCAUUCUCCUCGUUCUCGUCGUCACUGACGCCUGUUAUGUCAUGAAGUAUUGCGGCCACUUCACGGAAGAAAUCUUUGCCACCCUCAUCGCAGCUCUUUUCGUCAGCGAGUACAUCAAGCCUCUCAUCCAUGUCUAUGAAGACUCCCCAACCGACGUCUUUCUUCUCGCUUUCUUGUUGGCGACAGGAACUUUCCUCAUUGCCAUGGCCUUGCUAAACUUUCGCCGCAGCUUCCUUCUCAAGCCAAUCAUCCGACAAUUGCUCAGCGACUUCGGUGUACCCAUUUCCAUCCUGGCCAUGACAGCCGUGCGACGAAUCUUUUUGGAUGUUGAAGCCGAGCCUCUGAAAGUCCCUGAUAGAAUUGGCAUUGUCACUACUAGUGGCAGGUCGUGGCUCGUUCCCUUGUUUGACAUUCAAAUCCAGUAUAUCUUCCUGGCAGCUGUCAGCGGCGCUCUUCUUGCCACCCUCUUCUUUCUCGAUCAGAACAUUUCCUCAAUGCUUGUCAACAAACCAGAGAACAAGCUCAAACAAGGACCAGGUUACUACUUGGACUUGGUCGUUGUCAGUAUCAUCAUCGUUGUACAGUCAGUCUUCGGUAUGCCUUGGACACAUGCUGCGUUGCCUCACUCUCCUUUGCACGCUCGCCAGCUUGCUGAUGUCGAAGAGUAUGAGCAACAUGGCAGAAGAUAUGAACGCGUCAUCAAGGCCAGAGAAACCAGGAUCACCGGUUUUGUCACUCACGUUUUCAUUGGCUUGAGCAUUCUCGCAAAGGAUGCUUUGGGAUUGAUCCCACUAUCCGUCCUGUAUGGCUUUUUCUUGUUCCUUGGCGUUGGCACUCUUGAUGGUAUUGCGUUCUGGGACAGAAUCUUGCUACUCUUCACGCAGUCCGAAAAGUACCCACCAAACCAUUAUGUUCGAAGAGUGAAGAUCUCAAGGAUCCACCUCUACACCUUUGUUCAGGUUCUGUUGCUCGUUCUGCUGUGGUUUGUCAAAUCUAAUUUCUAUUUAGGAGAUACCGUGUUCAACACUGGUCUGCUGUUUCCGUUCAUCAUCGCCUUGUUCAUUCCGAUACGAUUGUAUAUCCUCCCCCGCAUCUUCACCCCUGCAGAAUUACAUGCCCUGAGCAUGGAGGAAGAGGAAAAUGUCUCAGAUUCCGGUAUCACUUGUUAAAAUCUAUACUUUCUCCAUGUAGAAUAAAUUAUUCCAAACACGUUUUGCAAU